GUGUGAUAGUCAAUCAUACAAUCAGCAGAGAGAAACAAUUUGCCAAGAAGUUAUACACUUGGAAACAGUCAAGAGAUUGUCUUCGAGAUUAAUUAUGCGAAUAGAACUGUAAAAGAAUUAACUAUAAAUAAGAAAUAAUUUGACAAACAAAGCAUCAUUCAUUCGAGAACAUUUAUGAAUAGAAAAUCUUAGAAUUAUGGUAAGUCAAUUCAACAAAACGCACCGAUUUAAGGACUUAAAGGAUAACACAAACAUAUUUGAAUAUUUGCAGAGAUUCUUCGUUGUAGGAUUUACAUUGCUAGCUUUAGCAUCAGCUGGAGUAGUUCCAACUGAAUACUUGCCACCAGUACAGGAGGUAGCCGCACCAACUGUUGAAUACUUGCCACCAGCUGAAGCUGUUAUUGCCCCUGAACCAACUAUUUUAGCUGAUGAUGGAUAUCGUUACAAGACUGUGAGGAAACUUCGUUUGAGGCAUCGUCGUGAUGUUAACGAACUUAGCAACGAAUACUUGCCCCCAGUUGAGGAACAAGCUGCCGUCGAAGUAGCUGCCCCAGUUGUUGAAGUUGCCCCAGUACCAGAUUCCGCUGUUCUUGCUGAUGAUGGAUACCGUUACAGAACCGUGAAGAGGUACCGUCUUAGGCGUCGUCGUGAUGUUAACGAACUCAACAACGAAUACUUGCCCCCAGUUGAGGAACAAGCUGUUGUUGAAGUUUCCGCCCCAGUUGUCGAAGUUGCCCCAGUACCAGAGUCCGCUGUUCUUGCUGAUGAUGGAUACCGUUACAGAACCGUGAAGAGGUACCGUCUUAGGCGUCGUCGUGAUGUGAACGAAAUCAACAACGAAUACUUGCCCCCAGUUGAGGAACAAGCUGCUGUCGAAGUAUCUGCCCCAGUUGUCGAAGUUGCUCCUGUACAAGAAUCAGCCGUUCUUGCUGAUGAUGGAUACCGUUACAGAACCGUGAAGAGGUACCGUCUCAGACGUCGUCGUGAUGUUAACGAACUCAACAACGAAUACUUGCCCCCAGUUGAGGAACAAGCUGCCGUCGAAGUGUCUGCCCCUGUUGUCGAAGUCGCUCCUGUACAAGAAUCCGCCGUUCUCGCUGAUGAUGGAUACAGGUACAAAACUGUUAGGAAAUUGAGAUAUCGUUAUCGUCAUUAA